CAACUGUAUCUCUUUUCUCCACCAACUUUCUUCUCCGUUCGGUUCAUCUUGGCUCUUUGUUACUGAAUUUAAUCGGAAGCAAAGUUAACAUGUUCAUUCAAUAAGGUUAUGAUAAAUACUCCAGUUCAUACAGAUCUGCCUUUUCAUGCAGCAAAAAAAAAUUCUCAGAAAUUCUGGUGAGUUCACUCGUUUCCUUUUGAGUACCAAUGAAACCCAGAUUUCGUAAUCGUCCUUUCAUAGAUUUAGCUAAAUUGGUAGCUGUUUUGGGUCUUCUUCUUUUGAUUUUCUAACACACUCUUGUAUAAUUCCACGUGCAAAGUCUCACCCGAUGUUAUGUCGCCGGUCAAGGUGAAACUGUCGAACAAGACGACCGAAUUACCUGUGCAUUAUCCAACGAACAUUAGCCACAUUAAGUUCGUUCUUGUAGGCUGCACUAAAACAUGGCCGGCGAGAAGACCAUACACCGAAGCCUGGUGGAGACCGAACAAAACAAGGGGGAACAUCUUCAUGGACUCACCCCCACCUAAAGAGUUCCUCCCUUGGCCUGAAACGUCUCCGCCGUUUAGGCUCAAUUCGGACGCCACGAAGCUGCCGGUGUACCCGAAGCUGGUGAACCCUAUCGAGGCUCGAAUUUUCCGAUCCGUUCUCGACUCGUUUAACCUGGGAGAUAACCAGGGGGUGAGGUGGUUCGUAAUGGCCGACGAUGACACUCUGUUUUUUGUGGACAAUUUAGUGGAAGUGUUGGGAAAAUAUGACCACACCAAGCACUAUUACGUCGGGAUGUAUUCGGAGUCUGUGAUUUCGAACUUCCUCUUCGCCUUCGAUAUGGCGUACGGUGGCGCUGGAUAUGCUCUGAGCUAUUCACUGGUGGAACAACUGGCGCCAUUGAUGAAUGAUUGCCUCGAAAGAUACCCCUUUAGUCAUACCAGUGACUCUUUGACAUCAUCUUGCUUAUUCGACUUGGGGAUUUCUCUUACCCUUGAAAGGGGUGUCCAUCAGGUUGAUCUUCUCGGUGAUAUAUCAGGUAUGCUAUCGGCUCAUCCGCAGUCACCAAUCAUUACGCUUCACCAUUUCGACAACAUAGACCCAAUAUUCCCCAACAAGAACCGAACUGACGCGGUAAAACAUCUCAUGCAAGCCGCCAAAGUCGAUGAAUCACGUUUAGCACAGCAAACAAUAUGCUACGACAAGCAAAAGAACUGGUCCAUCUCAGUCUCGUGGGGUUAUUCGGUUCAUAUAUAUGAAAAGUAUCAUCCCUCGAAGUAUUCUGAAGAGACCCCUGGAGACAUUUCGUCCCUGGAAGAAUGGUCAUCCUCCAUUGUAUAUGUUCAACACCAGGUUGGUCACAAACGAUCCGUGUCAAGCUCCUCAUGUAUUCUUCAUGGAGAACAUUGGGAGAAUGAAAGGGGAUUCCUUAGUUGUCUCUACGUAUAGGCGAACAGCUCGACGUAAAUUACCACCUUGUUUCUUCUCCGGAAACCAUACCGCCGAUGAUGUCCUCAGGAUUCGCGUGUCUUCAAACGCAUCGGUUCAUAAGCAGCCCGGAAAAAUCGAAUGCUGCAAUGUUAUGAAAAUGUCUGGCACGAGUGUUAUGAACAUCAAGUUAAGGGAGUGUAGGAAGGGUGAAGUAAUUGCAUAGUCGGGAUGAACAUUCAGAUCAACAAUGCAAUGUAAAAUCGUAAGAAACCUACAUGUAAUACGAAUUAUUGUUUUUUUUUUUUUGUAAUAAAUCAAGUAUUCCAUUAGAAGGAAAGUAGCCAAGCUACAACAGACCUCCAAAGAAGAGCCCCACUAAGGCGGCCCCCAAUCAACACACAACCUCAUUUUCACC